CUCGGGCUCCGCGGGCGGGCGGGCGGACAUGGCGGCCAACAUGUACCGGGUCGGAGAUUAUGUCUACUUUGAGAAUUCCUCCAGUAACCCGUACCUCAUCAGAAGGAUAGAAGAACUCAACAAGACUGCAACGGGCAACGUGGAAGCAAAAGUAGUGUGCUUUUAUAGACGGCGAGAUAUUUCCAACACGCUUAUAAUGCUUGCAGACAAGCAUGCUAAAGAAAUUGAGGAAGAAUCUGAAACAACAAUUGAGGCGGACUUGACUGAUAAACAGAAACAUCAGUUGAAACAUAGAGAGCUCUUUUUGUCGCGCCAGUAUGAAUCUCUGCCUGCAACACAUAUCAGGGGAAAAUGCAGUGUUGCCCUUCUGAAUGAGACAGAGUCAGUAUUGUCAUAUCUUGAUAAAGAGGAUACCUUUUUCUACUCAUUGGUCUACGACCCUUCAGUGAAAACACUAUUAGCUGACAAAGGUGAAAUCAGAGUGGGACCUAGAUAUCAAGCAGACAUUCCAGAAAUGCUCUUAGAAGGAGAAUCCGAUGAGAGGGAACAGUCCAAAUUGGAAGUUAAAGUCUGGGAUCCAAAUAGCCCACUUACAGAUCGACAGAUUGACCAGUUUUUAGUUGUAGCACGUGCUGUUGGGACGUUUGCUCGAGCCCUUGAUUGCAGCAGUUCUGUGAGGCAGCCUAGUUUGCAUAUGAGCGCAGCUGCAGCUUCUCGAGACAUCACCCUGUUUCAUGCUAUGGAUACAUUGUAUAGGCACAGCUAUGAUUUAAGCAGUGCAAUUAGUGUCUUAGUACCACUUGGAGGGCCUGUUUUAUGCAGAGAUGAAAUGGAAGAGUGGUCAGCUUCUGAAGCUAGUUUAUUUGAAGAGGCACUGGAAAAAUAUGGCAAAGACUUCAAUGACAUACGUCAAGACUUUCUCCCUUGGAAAUCAUUGACUAGCAUCAUUGAAUAUUAUUACAUGUGGAAAACUACUGACCGAUAUGUGCAGCAGAAACGUCUAAAGGCAGCAGAAGCUGAGAGUAAACUGAAACAAGUGUAUAUCCCAACUUACAGCAAACCAAAUCCCAACCAAAUAUCCGCCAGCAAUGGCAAACCUGGUGCCGUGAAUGGAGCCGUGGGGACCACAUUCCAGCCACAGAACCCCCUCCUAGGGCGAGCCUGUGAGAGCUGCUACGCUACACAGUCUCAUCAGUGGUAUUCUUGGGGCCCACCUAAUAUGCAGUGUAGAUUGUGUGCAACCUGUUGGCUCUAUUGGAAAAAAUAUGGAGGCCUGAAAAUGCCCACCCAGUCAGAAGAAGAGAAGUUAUCUCCCAGCCCAACUACAGAGGACCCUCGUGUCAGGAGUCAUGUGUCUCGCCAGGCCAUGCAGGGGAUGCCAGUUCGAAACACUGGGAGCCCCAAGUCUGCAGUGAAGACCCGCCAAGCUUUCUUCCUUCACACUACAUAUUUCACAAAAUUUGCUCGUCAGGUCUGCAAAAAUACCCUUCGGCUGCGGCAGGCAGCAAGACGGCCGUUUGUUCCUAUUAAUUAUGCUGCCAUUAGGGCAGAAUAUGCAGACAGACAUGCCGAACUAUCUGGAAGCCCACUGAAAAGCAAAAGCACUAGGAAACCUUUGGCAUGUAUCAUUGGGUACUUAGAGAUCCAUCCUUCGAAGAAACCUAAUGUCAUUCGAUCUACACCAAGCCUGCAAACCCCCACUACCAAGCGGAUGCUAACCACCCCAAAUCACACGUCUCUGAGCAUUUUGGGGAAAAGGAACUACAGUCAUCACAAUGGCCUGGAUGCCCAGCCAGCCACCAAGGACUUGCAGCCAGGUUGGUCCUUCCACGAGUCGCAAAUCGCCCAGGUUUGUUUUAAGCAGACGGAAUCUGUUUGGCCUACGAGGGUGAAGUGAGAGAUCUGUGUGUGCAGGUGAGUGUGUGUGUAUGACCACGAGCCCCCCACCUUUCUGGCCCAGACAGUUCUGUGAACACAUGUGCCUAGGCCCCGGGAAACGUGCCUGUGACCCGGUUUUCCCUGGCUUGGGCUCUUCCUGUCUGCCCUCAGCACCAGCCCUCGCUGGCACGGCAGGCUGGCCAUUCUGUGGCUCUGUGCACACAGCUGCAGGAGCAGGAAUAGCUUAGUGCCCCACACCCCCCCCAGGCACAUGAGUCUGGCCACUCCCCUGUCCUCCAUUUCAGGGACAGGCUGCAGGGCACAGGCUCACGGCACCGUGAAGGAAAACUGGAGUCUGGCCUUCCAGCUGUCCCUGGGGUCUGCAGCUGGAUAAAUGGCCAGACAGCCAGGUGGUUGCAGGACAGAAUGACUACAAUUGAGUUGACAUUCUCCCCUACCUCCACCCCCCCGCCCUGACCUCCCAAGCAGAGUGCAGUAUCGCUAAAAUGACGACACUGUAGACAUCCAGAUCCUCAGAGGCUGGGUUCAGCUCAGCAAAGAGAACACAGUGGAUGACGGCUGAAGGCGAUGCCGAGAGAUCGAGCUGCCUUUUCCCUCCAGGUCUGCAGCCAGCAUGGAUGGCUUCUCUUCUAAGGGGCUGCUUCUCACCUUUGGCUUUUGCAAGGGUGACCUGGGGAUGUUCUCACCACUACCAACUCUUGGAGCUGUUUUGGGUUGUGGCUUGGGGCCCCGAUGGAAGGCCUGUGUCAGAGGUGUCCAGGGAGCAGGGCGGAGGUGAUAGGCAUCGCCCUCAGGGUUCCCUGCAGAGAAGCCCCCUCCAAAAAGCCCUGGGAGAAGAGGCAACUGGCACUCUGCCUCCCAUGCCACAUGGUGUGUUCUCUCUAAAGAAAGACAUGGGAAGGCUGUCUUGUGUCCCGCCUUGGAUUUAUUGUCACACACGGACACAGAAGGUGCAAUGGCUCCCUGGCCCUUACGCGCACCUCUCCUGACCCAUGUGAUAUGUGACUGUUGAUUAGAGAAAAGUCUGCUGCCCAUGACUCUGCUGCCAGCUUCCUUCUCUCUGCCUGUUGGGAGAGUCCCUCCUCACCCAGGCCCAGGAGAUUUGGAGUUGGGGGCCAAGCCUGGUCUGAAAGGAGAACAGAGAAGCCCACCCACCCCAGAUGUAGCUCCCAUUUAGCUCUGGGACACAUGCAGUUUGCAUUGAGCCACAUGUACCAAGAAAGCUCUUCACCUUGUAGUAAGAACUCCAGGUUCUGCAGCCCCAUCCUCCUACAAAGAGGCCGUUGACGAAGAUCUUAUGUUCCCAUUUCAUCUCUGGAAAGUUCCCAGCAUUCUGAUUGAACACUCCAGGGACUGGAGGAACGACACCCAGGAGCCUCUAACCUUUGCCUUGGCCGUUCUGAGCAGUUGGUGCUGAGAGGGUUUCCCAGCCACCCCGUUCCUGGGGCCCGAGUGUCACCAUUGUGCAGUGAGCUUGUGGGGUGGACAUGCGGGAUCCGUCUGCACGGCCACAGCAGACGUGCCUAGUGGCACUCGCUGUGCUGAGCCUGAUCUGUGUUCCCUUGGUUGAAGACACAGAAGUUCACAAGCCAUCUUCCCCCUCUGCCAUCACCACCUGUCCAUUCCUAGAGAUGGUGUCAAAGAGGGGGACAGACUGGUUUUCAGCCCGCCUCUCACAGCUGUACCUUGCCCACAGCCCCGUUUCUAUCAGUCAGCGUCCAACCGGGGAAACAGAAGCCACUCCAAGUAUUUAAAACAGAGGAGCUUUAAUCCAGAGAACUGUUGAACACAGAAACAAGAAGAGCGGAGAGGCCGAACAGGAGAAUGAGGGGCAGCCCAGAGGUGGAGAACGACAGCAGGAAACUGCCACCACCCGAAGCUGGUGGGACAUGGGGAGAGGCUAUGUUACCAGAGCACGGGGACUAGAGCCAUUGGGAGGAACUGGGGCCCACAGAGGCCGAUCUCGUGGGAGCUGGGGCCAUGGGGAGGCAUGGUCCCUGCCGGAAAGGUCCCUGCUCCCCAGGUGUGGGGGACAAAUAGCCUGGCUUCUGCUUUCCUCGUGCUCUGUAGUUUCUUCAGGUGCCUCUCGUUAGUUAAACCCCACUGGAAGCCAGAUGACCUGGGGUCCCAGGAGAAGCUCGCUGCAGUGGUCAGGCCCACCACUCAGAGCAGAGCGGGGGAGGUAGAGGAGAGGGUCUGAGGGCAAGCAGGCUGGGAUGUGUGUGGCCUCCAUCUGCCCUGUGUCACGUCCAGCCUGGUGUUUAUGUCCCCACGCUAUCCUAAGACCCCGGUGAGGGUAGACAGAGGAGCUGCCCCUGUGGGGGGUUCAUAGACUCUCACUCACCUAGAGAGGAGAAUGCUUUUGGAAGGGAGGGGGGAAAGCCUUUAUUCUUAACGGCUGUCCCUGUUUUCCUUUGGGGGAAUUUACGCAUUUAGCAAUCCCACCUCACCACUCCCCUCAGGAAAGCCAUGUCCUAGUUUUCUGUCCAUCCCUCCCCUCCAUUCCCUCUGUCCCCAAUUUCUGAUUUUCCCUGCCAGAGAACACUAGCCUGGACCAUGCAUCAGUGGUCAUGAGUGUUUCCCCAGGAUAAUUCAUUCAGAGCGUGAUAUUGCAGUGUGGACUGUCUGUCUGUAAGUAGAUGCCGUCUACUGAUCAGUUUGUAUCGUGUUUCCAAUAAAUUU